GAAGCAGCUGGGACAGGAGCCAUGUUGCUGUGCACUUUGGCCCUCACCCUCACCUUGAUGGCAGUUUCUGGCAUCAUGAUCAAUGGGACAGAAGUUUGUGUUGGAAGCCCGGGUAUCCCUGGCACUCCUGGAUCCCAUGGCUUGCCAGGCAGAGAUGGGAGAGAUGGUGUCAAGGGAGACCCUGGACCUCCAGGUCCCAUGGGCCCUCCAGGAGGAAUGCCAGGUCUCCCUGGGCGUGAUGGGUUGACUGGAGCCCCCGGUGUCCCUGGAGAGCGUGGAGACAAGGGGGAGCCUGGUGAAAGGGGUCUUCCAGGACUUCCAUCUUAUCUAGAUGAGGAGCUCCAAACCAUGCUUCAGGAAUUCAGGCAUCAAAUCUUGCAGUCAAUGGGAGUCCUCAGCUUGCAGGGGUCCAUGCUGGCAGUUGGAAAGAAGAUCUUCUCCACCAAUGGGCAAUCGUUCAACUUUGAUGACAUUAGUGAGUCUUGUGCCAAAGCAGGUGGCAACGUUGCUGCCCCAAGGAAUCCAGAGGAGAAUGAGGCCAUUGCAAGCAUUGUGAGGAAGUACAACACUUAUGCCUACCUGGGCCUGGUUGAGAGCAACACUCCUGGAGACUUCCGUUACCUGGAUGAGACCCCUGUGAACUAUACCAACUGGUAUCCCGGGGAGCCCAGGGGUCGGGGCAGAGAUAAGUGUGUGGAGAUGUACAAAGAUGGGACAUGGAAUGAUAAGAACUGCCUACAGUACCGUUUGGCCAUCUGUGAGUUUUGA